UAUUGUAAAAGCUGGUGUGGAGAAAUGGAGUGGAAUUUUCUGUCCGGUGUCGGUGCCUUAUUUCUUGGCUACUAUUCUUUAAACUUUGUGCUGCAAGUUCUUCAUGGAAUAAGAGCUUUUGUUCUUCCUGCUCUUGGUCUUAGAAAGAAUCUUAAGAAAUUUGGUGAAUGGGCAGUGAUUACAGGGUGUACCGACGGAAUCGGAAAAGCCUACACACAUGAGCUUGCAAAGCAAGGCAUCAAGUUGGUCCUGAUUAGUCGCACUGGAGAAAAGUUGGAAUUGUUGGCUACAGAAUUAAAGGAAGCAUAUGGCACUGAAACUAAAAUUAUUGUUAUGGACUUCACUGGAGGAGCUGAAAUCUAUGAUGGGUUAAGAGACAAACUUGCUGGUCUUGAUAUUGGAAUAUUGGUCAACAAUGUUGGAGUUUCACAUUACCCAGAAUUUUUUGGCAACAUGAAGCAAGAGGAUGCAUGGAAGAUGUUGAAUGUUAAUGUUCUUUCUGUCACAAUGAUGACUCACACUAUCCUUCCAGACAUGGCCGCCAAAGGAAGAGGUCUGAUAAUAAAUGUAGCCUCUGCAGCAGGCCUGACACCUACUCCACUGCUGUCCAUGUACUCUGGGACCAAGGUGUUUGUUGAUUUCUUCAGCAGAUGCCUGAAUGCAGAGUAUUCUUCAAAGGGCAUCAUUGUUCAGUGUGUAUUACCCUACUAUGUUGCUACUAAGAUGAGCAGAAUCAGGAAUCCAAACAUCUUUGCUCCAGGCCCAACUACUUAUGUUCGUCAGGCCCUGGGAACACUCGGAGUGGAGUCUAGGACUGUAGGAUGUUGGAGCCAUGCUCUGCAGAACUGGUUUAUAUCACGGGUUCCAGACUGGCUGAGACAAAAGCUGAUGUGGAAUGUCAACACAGCGAGGCGAAGGGCUGUCCUGAAACGACUCCGAGAGAAGGAGCUGAAAGACUGAUAUGUUAAACAAAUGUUUCUGAAGGAAAGAGAAGGCAGCAUUCCAUCAGUGCAAGCAAUGAGCGAAUCGUAUUUCUGUUCAGAACUGUUAGUGUGGGAAAAGAAAUGAGAGGAAAUUUAUAACAAAAUUUGAUGGUUAUUAUGAUUACUAAUGUUUUUAGUUACAAUUAGCAGACGAAGUGUCCUAUUUCUUACAUCUUCACUCUCCUCCCGGGUUGCUGAGGAAAAAUUGUCCAAAGACAGGCAGUAAAUAAAUCCAAAAAGGUUCUGAA